AUGGAUUCGGCAAAGAUCCGAGAAACCUGCGAGCUUUUGUGCAAGAGACGUGGCGUGCCAUCCGGGGAUGCGAAGACUCGCCGGAGCUACAUCUCUGGGAUAUGCGACACGAUCCAGGACGAGAACUUCUCCAUGCCCCGCACGUGUAUUGUCUCGACGGAAAGCGUUGCCGUCGCGGAAAACUCGAAGGAAGCCUUGAAGCGCAUCUCCGACGAAAUCUCGACUACGGCUAUCCUGGCUGCCGCUGCUCAACUGGGUUUGCUGGACGUGGUCAUCCAAGUUGUCGAAGAUAUGAAAGAGACAUACUCGGAGUACCAAAUUGAAGAUGGAUCUAUCUUUGGUCAGCCGUUGAAAAACGCUGCAGCACAGGGACACUGUAAUGUGGUCGAGUUUCUUCUCCAAAAUUCCGUAUGGGAUUCGAAGCUAGGUCGGAGAUCGCAGACAUUUAUCAAUACCGAAGAGGCCGGAAUCUACAACCGAGACAUGCUUGACUUGGAAAUGCAGCACUAUGCACCAUGCGCUUCCAGAGAUUUCUACGCGAGCCUCGCGCCCUGGAAGGACGCUACCACAGGCAUGCCGGGUAGAGAAGUCUUCGCCCAGGCCUUAGCUCUUCUUGAAGAAACGAGGCUAUAUGAGGAUAAGGUUGAUGAGCAUGGCAGCAUUUACGACUUGUGCUUAGGGCUGAAAGACGAAGACGUGGAACUGAGUAAUAUCCAAAAAGCGGAGAAAAUAACGCUUGCUCUCCUUAGCGUUCCAUGCUCGACGAGUUCUAAUGGAACUUACCCGAGCGUAUGGGUAGGUUGUUGGGAGAAGACUUCGAGAAUCCUCCUGGAGGGAGCAUGUCGCUCAGGAACACCGGAAAUGGUCAAAAGAAGACAACUCACAAUAGCACGUCAACUUCUCGACCAUGGCGUCCCAAUAGUCGCCCCCGAAAUAAAGAGGGGCGCUCCAGCCCCGAUCGCGCGAGCGGUCGCUUCCGAGCACAUAGCGCUCUUCAAACUUAUCUGCGAGCGGGGCGUCAUCCCAGAAAAUUCGCAGGAGAGAGCCGAUAUGAAGUUCCUAGCGCCGUAUAAAAAAGAGGACUUCAUCCUGGAGUCAAUAAUGGAAGCUUUGCAGAGCACUGGAGUCUCGACAUCCAAGGAGGCAUCUAGCAAGCUUCGACGAGCUGGCCCUAGCAAGCUUUUGCCGGACUUGUAUAGAGCUAUGAGUACACUGGUGCAGCCAUGUUGCUCGGGUGGGUCGGCAUUGCAUGGCGCAUAUCAAGGAACCCCAAGCACACUUGGCGAUUGGAGCGAAGAAUCGUCGGAGCGCGGAUCCUCGGGAUCGCAUGCAUGGUAG